AUGACCGUCUCCCUCCCCACCACUGCGUUGUUACCAAUGCCGUCCACAGAGCCCGUAGUCUGCAAGUGUGGCAGCAAGGAGGGACAAAACUGGUACCCAUUCGCGACGGCUCUCCUGGGAGCUGUCGCCGGGCUCCUGGGCGUUGUCGCCGCGGGCAUCUCGUGCUUUGUCGCCGCCCGGUAUACAUAUCCGGCUGCCAAGAUCUCCCUCAAGCUUGCCGAGGACCAGAAGAAGGAAGGCGACAAGGGAAAAGAACCCGCCACCGGGGGCGGCGACACAUGA